GGUGCUCAUCCACCCGCAGUACAACACGCUUAUCCAGUGCAUGCGAAAUCUGCUCAGCAGUUUCACCCGCCACCGGCACAUCAUCCACGCCGGCUACACCUUCAGUGGCAAUGGUUCCUGGAUAUUGCAGGACGGAACCUUCUCGGUGGCGGACUUCUCUGAGGCCUUCCAGGAGCACGACGUACAAAGGGUGAUUCGGGCCUAUGCGGACACCAUCACCAUGAACAUUCACUGCGCGGACGCGGGUCUUUGGCACACGUUGCCCGAGAAGUCCUUUGCGCGCCAGUGCCGGAUACGGAUCAAUCCCGUGGACGUCCUGGACACGAGCAGCGAGUGUAUCAACGGAUUCAUUGAUUACCUCGCGCCCAUGGUGAUGCCAACAUCGCUGAGGGAGCUGCUCGAGACCUCGGACGUUGUGGGAAACAUCCGCUUCACGCAUCCAACGUUAUAUGUCUUCCCCGGCGGCCAGGGUGACGCGGCGCUUUUCGGAAUCAACGGCUUUAAUAUGCUUGUUGACGGCGGCUUCAACCGGAAGGCGUGCUUCUGGGACUUCGCCCGGCACCUCGACCGACUGGACGCGGUGCUGAUGACGCGCCUGAACAACAGCAACGUACAGGGUCUGGGUGCGGUCGUGUCGCGCAAGCGGGACGCUCACGUCUACCCCCAGCAGCGUGACUCGCAGGAAUCAGAGAAGAAGCGCAAGAAGAGCGCCGAAGAAGAGAUCGAGGCGGCCAUUGCCAAGGUAGAAGCCGCUGAGCGUAAGGCGCGACUUGAGGGUGCCUCUGCCCGGCAGGAUGAGUCGGAAGUGGACGUAGAUCCGGAGCAGAGCAAGAUUAAGGCCGAGGUGCAGGAUAUCAUUGCCACUGCCAAGGAUAUUGCCAAGUCACGCACCGAGGAGCAGUUGGCCAAGCCCGGAGAGGAGGAGCUCUCAUCGCCAACUCCCGAAGAGAAGCUAAGCAAAAAGACUUCGGAUACAAAGGACGACCAAGUCGGAGCUCCAGUCGACGUUCUACCCGUCAAUCUUCAAGAAAGCCUACCCGAAGAGAAGUUUUCGGCUACCAUUGAGUCGGGGGCCACCACUGCUCCUACACUACCCGAGGAUGAGCGCAUUCCGUUGGAUCAGAUAAAGGAGGACCUCGUGAUCGAGGAGAAAUAUGUGAGGGAAGAGACCAAGGAAACGGAGGCCAUCGUGGUGGCCGCCGUACAGACUCUUCCCGAAGCAACUCCCUUGGCAAUCGAUGCUAUCCUAGCCGCAGCCACCAAGGAUGCCCCUAUAGACGCCAAGGCCGAGGUUUUAGGAGAGCUGGCCGACUCAGGCGAACGGGUGCUGCCCAUGAAGAUGACAUUUGAGGCCCAGCAAAACCUUCUCCGCGAUGUCAUUAAAACGCCUGAUGAAGUUGCAGAUCUACCCGUCCAUGAGGAAGCCGAUCUUGGGCUAUACGAAAAGGACAGCCAGGACGCCGGCGCCAAAAGUAUCUCCCAUAAAGAGGAGUCCGCAAAGGAAGAAAAGGAGACCGACGACGAAAAGGAGAACAAGGUAGGAGAUAUCGAAUUGGAGGAUGAACCGGAAAGGGUGGACAUCUCUCACGUACUGCUCAAAGAGUCAGUGCAGGAAGUGGCCGACAAAGUCGAGGUCAUUCAAACUACAGUGGAAAAAAAGGUGGAGGAGAAGGUGACCCUGGAAACCGAGAAGAUCGUGGAGGCAACUAUGGCCACGACGCAAGAAAGCCAGGCAGGGCAGGAAAAAGAUAUAGAAGAGCGUGAACAAAAACUUGAGUCCGGAAUUAUUACCGAGAAGGAGGCCAAAAAGUCGGCCAGCACUCCCGAGGAAAAAGAAACCAGCGACAUUACGUCCGAUGAUGAGCUUCCAGCCCAACUGGCGGAACCAACCACAGUGCCACCCAAAUCAGCCAAAGAACACGAAGACACCGGCUCCAUUGACAGUCCCCCCACCAUUGAGGAGGCCAUUGAGAUUGAGGUGCAAGCCAAGCAAGAAGCCCAAAAACCAGAGCCAGCUCCGGAGAAGAGUACCAAGACGGAAAAGUCACCACUGGCCUCAAAGGAGACCUCCCGACCUCAAUCUGCGACAGAAGGCGUCAAGGAAGACUCUGAGCAGCCGGAAUCCAAGACAUCCCCCGAGCCCUCCCGACCCGAAUCCGAGGCAAAGGAUACCAAGUCUCCACUCGCCUCAAAAGAAGUUUCUCGACCGGAAUCUGUUGCGGAAAGCAUCAAAGAUGAAGCAGGAAAAUCAGAGAGCCGACGAGAAUCCCUUGCCAAAACUCCUAAAGAGGAAAGUUCUCUUGAUAAAGCAAAAGAACAGGAAAGUCGUCGCGAAUCUCUUGCGGAAAGCAUCAAGCCAGAGAGUGCAAAAGAUGAAAAGUCUGCCGUGGCCUCGAAGGAAGCCUCCAGACCAGAAUCUGUGGCAGAAAGCGUAAUCGUCGAGGCAGACAAGUCAAAGGAGCCGUCCCGUCGUGAAUCCGUCGCUGAAAGCUUAAAGGCCGACAGUGCGAGAGAUGAAAAAUCCGCUCCACCGUCUAAGGAAGCUUCGCGGCCAGGUUCAGUGGUAGAAAGUGUUAAAGAUGAGACUGAAAAGUCAAAGGAACCAUCGCGACGGGAGUCAAUAGCUGAAAGUGCCAAAGCCGCUAUUGAAUCUAGAGAAGUCUCAAGACCCGAAUCGGUAAUUGAAAGCAUCAAAGACGAAUCUGAAAAGCCCGAAAGUCAUCGUGAUUCCCCCCUUGCCUCAAAGGAGGCUUCCCGGCCAGAAUCAGUAGUGGAAAGCGUCAAAGAUGAACCAAUUAAGUCCACAGAAGACCUUCGCCGUGAGUCGGUGGCAGAAAGCGUCAAAACAGGUAGUACAAAGGACGAAAAGUCCCCACUUGCAUCCAAAGAUAUAUCGCGACCAGACUCGGCUGCGGAAAAUGUGUUGGAUGCAGUCCAAAAAUCAGCAGAGCGGUCGCAGCCAGAAUCCGCAGCAGCCUCCAGGGAUGUCUCCAGACCGGAAUCAGUAGCGGAAAGUGAAAAGGAUGACACUGACAAACCUGAAUCUGUUGUGGAAAGCGUUAGGCCUUCAGAGGUUAACUCCAGGCCAGAACUCGAAGUAGAGAGCGUAAAGCCUGAGAGCCGUCGUGAGUCCUCUACUGAAAGCGUUCUUCCAUGCAGUACCAAGGACUCCAAGGAACCAUCCCGACCAGAAUCCAAAGUAGAAAGCGUCAAAGAUGAAGCUGAAGUAUUGAAGAGUCCGUCCCAGCGAGGAUCAGUGACAGAAUCGCAGCCAUCAAAGGAAGCGUCUAGGCCAGAAUCAGCUGUAGGUAGUUUGAAAGAUGAGGGUAUGUCCAAGGAGCCUUCCCGACGUGAGUCGGUCGCGGAAAGCGUAAAAGAUGAAGCUGCCAAGUCGUUGGAGGCUUCUCGUCCCGCUUCCGUUGCAGAAAGUGCCAAGGAUGGGGCUGAUGAUCUAAAGGAAUUGUCUAGAGCCGGUUCAAUGACUCAAAGCAUUAAAGCGGAAAGUAUCAAAGAUGAAAAAUCACCUCUGGCGUCCAAGGAAGCUUCUAGACCAACUUCCGUUGCAGAAAGUGUUAAGGAUGAAGCUGAGAAGUCCAAGGAAGAAUCAAGACGAGAGUCAAUGGCCGACAAAUCACCUCUGGCCUCCAAGGAAGCUUCCAGACCAGCUUCCGUUGCAGAAAGUGUUAAGGAUGAAGCUGAGAAGUCCAAGGAUGAAUCUAGGCGAGAGUCAGUGGCCGAAAAAUCACCUUUUGUCUCUAAGGAAACUUCCAGACCAGCUUCCGUCGCAGAAAGUGUUAAGGAUGAAGCUGAGAAGUCCAAGGAAGAAUCUAGGCGAGAGUCAGUGGCCGAAAAAUCACCUUUGGUCUCUAAGGAAGCUUCCAGACCAGCUUCCGUCGCAGAAAGUGUUAAGGAUGAAGCUGAGGAGUCCAAGGAAGAAUCAAGACGAGAGUCAGUGGCCGAAAAAUCACCUCUGGCCUCCAAGGAAGCUUCCAGACCAGCUUCCGUUGCAGAAAGUGUUAAGGAUGAAGCUGAGAAGUCCAAGGAUGAAUCUAGGCGAGAGUCAGUGGCCGAAAAAUCACCUUUGGUCUCUAAGGAAGCUUCCAGACCAGCUUCCGUCGCAGAAAGUGUUAAGGAUGAAGCUGAGAAGUCCAAGGAAGAAUCAAGACGAGAGUCAGUGGCCGACAAAUCACCUCUGGCCUCUAAGGAAGCUUCCAGACCAGCUUCCGUCGCAGAAAGUGUUAAGGAUGAAGCGGAGAAGUCCAAGGAAGAAUCAAGACGAGAGUCAGUGGCCGACAAAUCACCUCUGGCCUCCAAGGAAGCUUCCAGACCAGCUUCCGUUGCAGAAAGUGUUAAGGAUGAAGCUGAGAAGUCCAAGGAAGAAUCAAGACGAGAGUCAGUGGCCGACAAAUCACCUCUGGCCUCCAAGGAAGCUUCCAGACCAGCUUCCGUUGCAGAAAGUUUUAAGGAUGAAGCUGAGAAGUCCAAGGAAGAAUCAAGACGAGAGUCAGUGGCCGACAAAUCACCUCUGGCCUCCAAGGAAGCUUCCAGGCCAGCUUCCGUCGCAGAAAGUGUUAAGGCUGAAGCGGAGAAGUCCAAGGAGGAAUCUAGGCGAGAGUCAAUUGCCGAACAAUCACCUUUGGCCUCUAAGGAAGCUUCCAGACCAGCUUCCGUCGCAGAAAGUGUUAAGGAUGAAGCGGAGAAGUCCAAGGAAGAAUCAAGACGGGAGUCAGUGGCCGACAAGUCACCUCUGGCCUCCAAGGAAGCUUCCAGACCAGCUUCCGUUGCAGAAAGUGUUAAGGAUGAAGCUGAGAAGUCCAAGGAGGAAUCUAGGCGAGAGUCGAUUGCCGAAAAAUCAGCGUUGGCCUCUAAGGAAGCUUCCAGACCAGCGUCCGUCGCAGAAAGUGUUAAGGAUGAAGCUGAGAAGUCCAAGGAAGAAUCAAGACGGGAGUCAGUGGCCGACAAGUCACCUCUGGCCUCCAAGGAAGCUUCCAGACCAGCUUCCGUUGCAGAAAGUGUUAAGGAUGAAGCUGAGAAGUCCAAGGAGGAAUCUAGGCGAGAGUCGAUUGCCGAAAAAUCAGCGUUGGCCUCUAAGGAAGCUUCCAGACCAGCGUCCGUCGCAGAAAGUGUUAAGGAUGAAGCUGAGAAGUCCAAGGAAGAAUCAAGACGAGAGUCAGUGGCCGACAAGUCACCUUUGGCCUCUAAAGACGCUUCCAGACCAGCUUCCGUUGCCGAAAGUGUAAAAGUCGGAGCUGAGAAGUCCAAGGAAGAAUCUCGGCGAGAGUCGAUGGCCGAAAGCGGUAAGGCGGAGAGUAUCAAGGGUGAUCCAUCUCCUUUGGCUUCGAAAGAAGCGUCAAGACCCGAUUCUGUUGUGGAAAGCGUUAAGGACGAUGUUGAGAAGCCAGAAAGUCGGCGCGAAUCUGUUGCAGAGAUUGUUACACAAAAAGAAGCUAAGGACGAGAAAUCCCCAGAAGUUUCACGACCAGGGUCUGUGGCAGAGAGUGUUAAAGACGAUCCUGUCAAAUCCAAGGAACCAUCCCGUCGAGAAUCUGUAGCGGGAAGUGUCACAGCGGAAAGCGCUAAAGACGAUAAAUCUCCUUUGGCGUCCAAGGAAGCUUCAAGGCCAGAAUCGGUAGUUGAUAGCGUUAAGGACGAAGCUGCUGUUACUUCAGAGAAGUCUGUUUCUCGACCAGUAUCUGUGGCCAGUGAUCAUGAAGCUGCCGUAGCUAUUGGGGUUGAUGCAAAGAGUUCCAUCUCCCCCAAAGAUAAAUCCCGUCCAGGUUCUGUUGCUGAAACUGUAUCGUCACCAAUUGAGGAAGCGACGCUAGAGUUCUCAGAGAUUGAAGUCGUAGAAAAAGCCAGCCUAGUCCUUAGUCUACAAGCUGGCUCUGGAGGAAAACUGGAAACGGAUUCCAGUCCUGUUGACGUGGCCGAGGGUGACUUUUCGCAUGUUGUCGCUUCAGUUUCCACCGUCCCGCCCACACUUACAAAACCUGCAGAAUUCGCAAAGAUUGGUGCAGCUAUAACGGUCUCGUCUCCUGUGGACGAGGCUCCAAAAACUCCAUCUGCUCCAGAGCAUAUAUCCCGCGCAGAUUCACCCGCAGAAUGUGCGACUGAAGAGAUUGCCAGUAAUGACAAAUCACCACAAGCUUCGAAGGAGUGCUCAAGACCAGCGUCGGUUGCAGAAAGCAAAGAUGGUGCUGAUCAGCUAGCAAGUGCAGUGGAUGAGCACAUUACAGAAGUAAAGGAUCUUAAAUCCCCGGUCGCCUCCACGGAAGCCUCUCGCCCGGCAUCAGUGGGAGAGACAGCAUCAUCGCCCAUUGAGGAAGCACCCAAAGACUUUGCGGAAUUUGAGCAGGCCGAGAAAGCUGUGCUGCCUUUGACUAUUGAACUAAAGGGUAGUCUCCCCACGUUGUCGAGCCCUGUGGAUGUGGCUCAUGGUGACUUUCCCCAGACAUCAACACCCACAAGCUCCCCAACUGCAGUCCCAGUCCAACCAGCUGAACUCUCUAAAGUCGGCAUUGAGAAGACAGCGUCAAGUCCGAUAGAUGAGGCUCCGAAGUCAGUAAUUGGAUAUCCGACAGAAGAGCGUCCAGAAUCUCCUGCUGAAAGUGCCAAGGAUGAAGCUGCCGAAAAGUCAAAGGAUGCAUCACGUCCACCAUCUGUAGUUGAAAGCACUAAAGCGGAUUCCCGGCCGGAAUCGGUGUUGCAAAGCCCAAAGGACGAUGUUCAAAAAUCUAAGGAAUCAUCGCGUCCGCCAUCUGUUGCAGCAAGUGUUACGGGGGAAACCACUAAAGAGGUAUCCCGACCAGAAUCAGUAGUAGAAAGUGUUAAGGAUGAGCAUGAUGAGGCGGAGAGCCGUCGAGAGUCAGUUGCUAAAGUGGAAAGCGCUAGUCAGGAAAGUCAUAAAGAUGAAAAGUCAACAUUGGCAUCGAAAAACGCCUCUCGAAGAGAAUCCGUCGUGGAAUGCUUAAAAGACGAUGCUGAGAAGUCUGAAAGCCGUUCAGAAUCGGUAAUCGACAGUGCAAAGCCAGUCUCCAAGGAAUCGCCAUCCCCACUGGACUCAAAGGAUGUGUCUCGUCCAGGCUCAGUGGUAGGAAGCGUUACAGCUGAAGCUGAGAAAUCUGAACAGCAAUCCCGUCGGGAGUCUGUAGCGGAAAGCGUCAAAGCAGAUAGCAAAAACGAUGGGAAAUCUCAAGAAGCAUCUCGACCAGCCUCCGUCGAGGAACUUCUGAAAGACGAUGAGUUAAAACAGGAAAGCAGGCGGGAAUCGAUCGCAGGCAGCCUUAAAGUAACGAGUACCAAGGACGAUGAGUCUCCGAUGGCCUCCAAAGAAAUUUCAAGGCCGGAAUCUGUUGUAGAAAGCAUUAAGGAUGAAAAGGAGAAACCCGAUAGCCGUCGUGAAUCCCUUUCCGAAAGCGUUAAACCAGACAGCUCCAAGGAUGAAAAAUCUCCCCUUGGCUCCAAGGACGCCUCCAGGCCGGGAUCCGUUGCCGAUAGUGAUAAGGAUAAAGCUGAAAAAACCAAAGAGCCAUCCCGACCAGAAUCCGUCGCGGAGAGCAUUAAGCAUGGAAGUACAAAGGAUGAAGAGUCUCCACUACAAGAAGAGGCGGAAAAAUCCAAAGAACAUUCCCGGCGAGAUUCCGUGGCAGAAAGCAUCAAGGCAGAGAUCACAAAGGACGAAAAAUCCCCAUUGGCGUCAAAAGAGGAUUCCCGCCCCGAAUCCGUAGGAAGCAUUAAAGAUGAGAAGGCUGAAAGCCGUCGUCAAUCUGUGGCGGAAAGCGUGAAGCCGGAAAGUUUAAAGGACUUAACAUCAGCUCCACCCUCAAAGGAACAUUCUCGACCAGAGUCCGUUUUGGAAAGCGUCAAGGAUGAAGGCGAUAAGACCACAAGUCGCCGCGAUUCGGUAGCUGACAGUAUAAAAGAAGAAAAGUCUCUCCUUGGAUCACAAGCAGCUUCCCGGCCAGGAUCUGUUGCAGAAAGCGUUAAAGAUGAAGCCGAGAAGUCUACUGAUCCAUCACGGCCGGCAUCUGUAUCCGAAAGCAUUGCGGCUGAAACCACGCGGGAUGAAAAGUCCGCUCCAGACUCUAAGGAAGCUUCACGGCCAGGAUCAGUGGUGGAAAGUGUUAAGGAUGAGACUGAAAAGUCGAAGGAACCAUCGCGACGGGAGUCAGUAGCUGAAAGUGCCAAGGAUUCAAAACCCGAGAUUGUAUCUAAGGAAGUUUCCAGACCCGAAUCAGUAAUUGAGAGUAUUAAAGACGAGUCUGAGAAGUGCGAAAGCCGUCGUGAAUCGGCUGCCGAAUGCAACAAGGCUGAAAGUGGAAAGUCUCCUCUCCCAUCAGAAGAAGCUUCCCGGCCUGAAUCUAAGGCAGAAAGCUUGAAAGAUGUGAUUGCCUCGACAAAGGAGACCUCUCGUCCCGAAUCUGUUACAGAAAGCGUCAAGGAUGAAAAAUCCCCAUUCGCAUCCAAAGAAGCAUCUAGACCAGCAUCCGUUGCAGAAAGUGCCAAAGAUCUGGCAGAUGAAUCCAAGGAACCAUCUAGACCAGAGUCGGUGUCCCAAAACAUAAAGGCGGAAAGUAUUAAAGAUGAAAAGUCACCUUUGGCCUCCAAGGAAGCUUCUAGACCAGCUUCCGUUGCAGAAAGUGCUAAGGAUGAAGCUGAGAAGUCCAAGGAAGAAUCAAGGCGAGAGUCAGUGGCCGAAAAAUCACCUUUGGCCUCUAAGGAUGCUUCCAGACCAGCUUCUGUCGCAGAAAGUGUUAAGGAUGAAGCUGAGAAGGCAAAGGACGAAUCAAGGCGAGAGUCGAUUGCCGAAAAAUCACCAUUGGCCUCUAAAGACGCUUCUAGACCAGCUUCCGUUGCAGAAAGUGUAAAGGAUGAAGCUGAGAAGUGCAAGGAAGAAUCAAGGCGGGAGUCGAUUGCCGAAAAAUCACCAUUGGCGUCUAAGGAUGCUUCUAGACCAGGUUCUGUUGCAGAAAGUGUUAAGGAUGAAGCUGAGAAGGCAAAGGAUGAAUCUAGGCGAGAGUCGAUUGCCGAAAAAUCAGCGUUGGCCUCUAAGGAUGCUUCCAGACCAGCUUCUGUUGCAGAAAGUGUUAAGGAUGAAGCUGAGAAGGCAAAGGAUGAAUCUAGGCGAGAAUCAGUGGCCGAAAAAUCACCUUUGGUCUCUAAGGAAGCUUCCAGACCAGCUUCUGUUGCAGAAAGUGUUAAGGAUGAAGCUGAAAAGUCCAAGGAAGAAUCUCGGCGAGAGUCGAUGGCCGAAAGCGGUAAGGCGGAGAGUAUCAAGGGUGAUCAAUCUCCUCUGGCUUCGAAAGAAGCGUCAAGACCCGAGUCUGCUGUGGAAAGCGUUAAGGACGAAGCUAAGACAUCCCGACCCGAGUCAGUGGCCGUAAGUGCCAAGGACGAGAAAUCACCGCUUCCUUCGCGUCCUGAAUCGGUGGCCGAUAAGUCGCCAGCUGCCUCAAAGGAAGCAUCUCGCCCUGCAUCUGUUGCCGAAACCGCCUCAUCACCCAUUGAAGAAGGUCCACGAUCCAUUGCUGACCUCAGUCUGCCCCUUAACCUGACAGGUGAAUCUAAGGGCAAACUUCCAACUCUCUCGAGUCCCAUCGAUGUGGCAGAAGGAGACUUCGCUGAAGUAAAAGGGGAAUACUUCCCGCGGCCAGCUGCACUUUCAAAACCAGCGGAGCUUUCGCAAUCGGAUACCGCGCAUACAGUCUCCUCUCCCGUGGACGAGGCUUCUCCCGUUCUGGAAACCAUCGAUGCGGUUGAACAGCAUACCACCUCUGGAGUCGGGGUCACCAAGGAAACAGCGGAAGCGGAUUUGCUUGACCUGACUGAAACCAAAUCCGAGACGGUAACCAAGCAAUCGGAAACAACGUUGCUUGAAUCCCUUACCUCGAAGGUGGAAAGUAAGGUGGAAUUACUGGAGAGCUCGGUGAAGCAAGUUGAAGAGAAAGUCGAGUCCUCAGUGAAGCAAGCUGAAACCACAGUGACCGAUUCCUUGGAGCAACUGACCAAGAAGAGCAGUGAGCAGUUGACAGAGAUCAAAUCAGUGCUGGACUCCAGCAUCAGCAACGUAACCACCUUAUUUAGCACUGCAGUGGAGACCGUUGAAAAGAAAGUGCAGGAUGUGACAGAGAAAGUAAUUGAGACGUCGACCGAACACGUUUCCGAGCACAUCACCACUAUUGGGGAAAGCUCAACGGAAACUGGCCAGGAAAAGAGCAGCCUGGAUCUGGGCACAUUCUCGGAGCUGCGCGAAACGCAUAUUACCACCGUGGGGUCACCGGAAUUCACGGUUACGAUCUGCGAGCGCGAUGAGCCCGUGCUGCACGACAUCAAGGAGGAGGACGAGGAGCAUCGCUUCUCGCCUCCAAGCGAUGGGGACAAGACAGUAAUAAUUCCACCACAGCCGAUGCGACCACUAUCACCGCGCGAGGAAGAAGUAGCCAAAAUCGUUGCCGACGUGGCCAAGGUCCUUAAGUCCGACAAGGAUAUCACAGACAUCAUACCCGACUUUGACGAACGCCAGCUAGAGGAGAAACUAAAGUCAACCGCCGAUACAGAGGAGGAGUCCGACAAAAGUACUCGGGACGAGAAAUCCCUGGAAAUCAGCGUCAAAGUAGAAAUCGAGUCGGAGAAGUCAUCGCCAGAUCAGAAGUCCGGCCCCAUUUCCAUCGAGGAGAAGGACAAAAUCGAGCAAUCUGAAAAAGCACAAUUAAGGCAGGGAAUAUUGGCUAUAAGCCGGCCGGAGUCAGUUGCCAGCCAACAGGAGUCCGUGCCCUCGCCCUGCCCUUCAGAGUCAGCAGCCGGCCAUGAACACAAGGAGGCGGAAAUCCAGGCUAAGGAACAGUCAUCCCCCAUUCCCAGCAAGGAUGAGUCUGGACGCGAGUCCGUGCUUUCCGAGAGCCAUAAAGCUGAGAAGUCUUCUCGCCCCGAGUCCGUUGCCAGCCAGGUCAGCGAAAAGGACAUGAAGUCAUCGCGCCCAGCAUCUAGCACCAGCCAAUUUAGCACCAAGGACGGCGAUGAGGAGACGACUGAGUCGCUACUCCACUCACUUACUACCACAGAGACAGUUGAGACCAAACAACUGGAAGAGAAAUCGAGCUUUGAAUCUGUCUCCACCUCAGUCACUAAGUCCACAGUCCUCUCCAGCCAGUCAGUUCAACUUCGCGAAGAGUCCACCAGCGACUCGUUGAGUAGCAGCCUCAAGGUGGAGGACAGCUCCCGACGCGAGUCGCUCUCCAGCUUGUUGGCCGAAAAAGGAGGAAUCACUACCAGCACUAGUUUGAAGGAGGACACUAGCACCUCUGCAUCUCAGCUGGAGGAGCUGCUUGUGCAGUCCGAGGAGUGCUCAUCAGAGUCAAUCGUUAGCGAGAUUCAGACCAGCAUCGCUCAGAAGUCAACUAAGGAAACCAAGGAUGCUAGGGAAACCAAAGUAACCAGCCAGUUUAGCACUAGCACCAGUACCAGCACCAGCGCCAGCGCCAAAGACGACUUAAAGGAAACUGUGGCCGAGUUUCUGGCCACCGAGAAGAUUGUCUCCGCCAAGGAAGCCUUCAGCACUGAAGCCACCAAGUCGGCAGACGACUGCCUGAAGAAGGCCACCGCCAGCAACGUCUCCAGCACAACCGCCUCCCAGCGAGCGCUAUUCGUGGGCACGGACGAAUCACGGAGAGAGUCCCUGCUGAGCCAGGCGAGUGAGAGCCGCUUGACCCACAGUGAUCCCGAAGAUGAGGAGCCCGCUGACGACGUCGACGAGCGCUCCAGUGUUAAGGAGAGCCGCUCCAAGUCGAUUGCUACAAUCAUGAUGACCAGCAUCUACAAACCUUCCGAGGAUAUUGAGCCAAUUUCAAAGGUCGUCGAGGAGGAGCACGAGCACGUGGAGGAGCUGGCUCAGGAGGUCACCUCUACCAGCAAGACCACAACUCUGUUGCAGUCGAGCGAACAGAGCAGCAGCACAACCACCAGUAGCACCAGCAAGACCGGUGCCUCAAGGGUGGAGUCCAUCACUCUCACACAAAUGGAUCAGCAGACUAGCCAGAGUCAGGCAGAGCCUGCUGAUCGCAAGACACCGCCAACGGCGCCAGUGAGUCCCGGCGUCAAGGCUUUGAGCUCGACAGGAUCGGCCGGCUCUGUGAUUGGAGCUGGAGCCGUGGCCGCUGCCGGAAAGUGCGAGUCCAGUGCUGCCAGCAUCGUUUCUUCAUCGGGCCCGAUGUCGCCCAAGGACAUCAGUGGCAAGUCCAGUCCCGGCGCCCUCACCUCGGAGAGCCAGUCAAUUCCCACUCCGCUGGGUCGGGAGUCGCAUACGGACACCCCGGAGUCCUCGCCAAAGCCCACAUCGCCUUUCCCGCGCGUCAGCAAGGACGAGCUUAAGUCCCUGGAAAUUCAGCACCACGAGCAGGAGCAGAUGCUGGCGGGAGCCGCCGCUGCAGCCGGAGCUGAGUGCGAGGCUGAUCUUCCCGAGCUGCACGAACUUCGUGGACUCGAGUGCACCACAGCCCUCAGCGGGAGCACCGAUAAGAUAAUCACCACCACAAUCACCACGGUGACCAAGGUAAUUUCGGCGGACGGCAAGGAAAUAGUGACCGAGCAAAAGACGGUGACAACCACAGACAGUUCAGAGCCCGACAGCGAAAAGGUAGUGGUGACCACCACGCGUACCACCAGCGAGAGCGAACGCGACCAGCUGCUGCCCAAAGAGGUGGCGCUGCUGCGCGGCCUGUACCGCGCCAGCACUCCGGGCAGCGAGGACGACGAGGACCUCCUACUGGGAUCCCCGCGCAGCGCCACCAGCUACGAGCUGCAACACUCUAGCUCCGGCGUGAGUAAGCGCUCCGAUCUGGACGCCGACGGUGACGAGAGCCAGGAUGACAUUCCUCCUCAGUAUGGAAGCGAGGAGCACUCAACCGCACGCUCGAUUCUUCUGCCUCGCACAGCCGACCCCAUGGCCACCUCCUUCUACGGCGCCCUGCCCGACAGUUUCGACGUUGCGAUGAAGCCCAGCACCGAACCAAUCCCGAUUCAGGGCGCGCCGUCCGGCGAUAGCCAGUCGUCGGAGAGCGUGGAGAGCAGUAGCCAGACCUGGGCAGGACACAAGUUCCUCGACCAGGCGGACAAGGACUUCCAGCGAGCACUCGAGGAGCACGUGCAGGCGCGCGGCGCCGAGGUCAUGUCUUCCGUCACCGCCAAGUACUCGUACUCGCCCUCAAAGGCCGAGGAAAUGGAACAGAUCGUGAGUAGCACUGCGGAACGGCAGCGCUUCCCGCUUAGCGAUGUCCAGCGGUCCCGUGUGGCGGAGAGUGGCUUUGCCACAGUUGGCAGUGUCGCCUCCCAGCAGCAGGAGAAAGGAGAGGAAGUGGAGGAAGCCGUGCCUACCACAACUGCAGCAACAGCGAGCACCACAGCCACAGCGAGUUCCACUGGAGCCCUGCCCAAGGACCGCCUCGAGGAGUGGGGCAAGCCCCUAGGUCUGCCAUCACCAGCACCACUGCCUGUAGAGGGCGGUGCUGACAUUCGCACCACUCCCAAGAAGGAACGCCGUCUGGUGGCCACCAAGACGCGACUGAACAACGAGAAGAACAUGCGCAAGCGCAGCGAAUCGCCCAACAAGGCCGGCAAGAAGCCAGCGCCCGUGUACGUGGACCUCACAUACGUGCCGCACAACGGCAACUCCUACUACGCCCACGUGGAGUUCUUCAAGCGGGUGCGUGCCCGCUACUACGUCUUCUCCGGCACGGAACCCAGUCGCCAGGUGUAUGAUGCGUUGCUCGAGGCCAAACAGACAUGGGAGGACAAGGAGUUGGAGGUCACCAUUAUACCUACGUACGAUACCGAUGUGCUAGGUUAUUGGGUGGCUGAAAACGAGGAGCUGCUAGCCAAGCACCGCAUCGACCUCUCGCCCUCCGCGUCUCGUUGCACCAUCAACCUGCAGGACCACGAGACCUCGUGCUCCGCCUACCGCCUGGAGUUCUAGGCCACGGGCUUGUUUAUUGCAUUCGACGAUGACUAAGCCAACCCACAACGCACCCAGCCAUAGAAGCAGACGAGCAGAGCACUGCCAGAGAAUUGAGUCCAUGUGCGGCAUACAAAGUGCACGGACUCGAGCUCUGACACGACAAGAACCAGGACUAGGACUAGGACCAGCACGACGACGACCACAGCAGAGGACAAGGAUUGGGAUGGAGAUGGAGAUCAGAAUGGGAAUGACAAUUCAGACAAUUCGAAUGGCCAAGUUUCGUGAGCAGGAGCCGCAAAAAACGGAAAUGAGCCGGACGUUGGCUGAUAUGGCGGAGUUAGGGUCACGCGAAUGACUCCAUUUUGUUUACCAAUGCCGCCUAUUGAGCUUUCGACGACUUGUUUCGGCCGACCAAAAGCUACGUAAUUAAUUGAUAUUAAGUUUUAAAAAUUAAUUACCAAAAACGCAUUGCAACCGAUCCUCAGUGGUUUAGUCGAGGAGAAGCCAUUUAUGUCGCUUUCAUUGCAUAACGUCAAGCUACCUUGCCUAGUAAUCCAAAGAUCAAAAUAGUUUUCAAAACCGCAUAGCUAAAAUAUACAAAAGAGGAACGAAAAGGCGAGAAGAGAAGGAGAAGAAGAAAGCAAAAAAAAUACGAAGAAAAGACAAACUCUAUAUAUAUAGAGAACUUAAUAUUCAUGUUUAAUAUAUGUAUUAGUCGAAACAUUUACGAACCCUCGUAUGGUCUCCCCAUACCAAAGGUAUUCGAAUUUUAAAGCGAGCAUUAGCUAAUUGAACGUGUAUAACCCGUAAAGUCAGAGCUCUUUAGCCGUAGGAUAAUAAGCGAUCAUAAAACAGAACGAAGAUCGGAGACGGAUUCACUACCUUCGCCGCCCUUCGGACUAAACUUGAAUCAAACGUUAGGGCUAACAAGUGAGUGCAACAAAAAUGUUCGAUUUACCCUUUAACGAAGCAAAUCCCGUAUCUAAAAUCCAGUAUCCGAGAUUUGGUAUUCGAUACCCUCAACAUUUAAGUAAUUCCAGAUCCAAUUCUUUCCGUAGUCCAUUCUCACCGCUUAGUUUCGUAUGUUUUUCGUUGCAUUUCGUUCCGUUGUUUCAGCAGGCAGCCGCAGAAAGACUUAUAACCCAAUAUGCUAUAGCGACCGAUAUACGUACACCUCCACUCCCACAUGGGGGACUAAAGGAAGAUGAGAAGGGAACUGAAUUGGGGAUUGGGAAGUGGAAUGGCGAAGUGAUGCAUUUAGGAACCAAGAGUCCUACAGAAUAGACGCCAUUGCCGGAAGAUCGAGGAAGCAGGAAAGGUGAUCGAAGUAUUGGACGAAGACGUAGACGACGACGACGACGACAGUCAAUGCUGAUGUUACUAUGUAAGGAUCCGAGUGAUCUGAGUGGGCUUAGCUGGUAUGGGGAUAGGAAUAGGACUAGAACUGGGCUUGUG